AUGUACUCCCAGCAAGGAAGUAGAGGUAGUAAAUUACUGGCAUUGGCUGCUGGAGCCAUUAAAAUGGGGCAAGCUAUGGGACAAAAAAUUGGUUCAAAUGACCUAAAAUCUAGCACCACAGUGCUAGAAUACAUAGUGCCAGAAGAACAUGAAAAUUUUGCAAACGAAAUAAAAUCCAGCACUAUAGUACCACAAUGUAACCAAGUAGACAUCGAACAAAAAAACUCAACAACAGAAAUAAAAUUGGGAAACAUAGUACCAGAAGAACAAGAAAAUUAUUCAAAAGAAAUAGAACCGAGCAACCCAGUACCUGAAUGUCAUGAAAUACACAUCGAACAAACUGCAGAGGUAGAAUUAGUAGCCACAGUACCAGAAGAUCAAGCUACGCAUUCUAGAUGGGAAUAUGAAAAUGUGGAUGAUUCAGACUUGGAUCCAGAUUUUCGUAUGCCACAUUCUGGUUCUGACGUAUCAAGUGCAUCGCCAACAACAUCGCAAGAGGAAGAAACAGAGAUAGAUAAUACUCAAGUAGAUGACAGGAGAAAAUGUAAAAAAAGAAAAGCAAAUCCGGUUGAAUGGAAAAAAUCGAAAUCAAAAUUGCUACGAAAUGCUGGAAAAUCAUAUGAAUCAUCAUCAUUCCGUAAAACAAAGUUUCCUGCAAAAAAUUUACGGCCAGCCUGUAGAGAACAAUGCAAACUACAAUGCUCAAACAAAAUAGACGAACCUAAAAGGCUAGAAAUAUUUAACAAAUACUGGUCACUUGGAAAUCUGCAAUCUCAGCGAGAAUUUAUCUCUAGAAGUAUAACUCCUAUUAAACCUCAAUAUCAGUAUAGGAAAGAAGGAAGCAGACGCCAGUGCAACCAUGCGUUUCAUUUCUUGAUUAGCAACGUUAAGGUACGUGUCUGCAAAUUAUUUUUCAAGGCCACAUUGGACAUAUCUGAUCGACCUAUUAGAACUGUGAUAGCUAAAUUAAACGAAGGAUUUCUUCAAGAAGAUCUUAGGGGAAAGCACGGACACCACCCUCAAGUUGAUUCCGCAAUAAAAGAUGGUGUUAUUGAUCAUAUUAAUAGUAUACCAAGAACCGAAAGCCAUUACCUCCGUGCACAAAGUACCCGAGAAUAUAUAGAAGGUGGGAAAAGUCUGGCUGACUUACACCGCGACUAUAAAAAUGAAUGUAUUCAAAAAAACGUUCCUUAUGCAAAUAUCACAAUGUAUUCACGAAUUUUCAACAACAACUUUAAUAUAUCAUUUUUCACCCCGAAAAAAGAUAUGUGUGAUCUUUGCAACUCUUACAACAAUGCCACAGAAGACGAAAAAGUGGUAUUAAAUCAGAAAUAUGAUACACAUUUAAGGGAAAAAGUUCUAUCCAGGGAAGAGAAAGAGGAAGAUAAAAAAAGAGCAGUACUAAGCGAAGGAAACAUUAUAGUUGCUACCUACGACCUUCAAGCAGUUCUGCCUGCACCAAGAGGGAAUUCAUCAACAUUUUAUUAUAAAAGCCAAAUUAAUAGCUACAAUUUAACUGUCACUGAACUACAGUCAGAUAAUGUACAGUGUUUUUUUUGGCAUGAAGGUGAAGGUGCUCGAGGAGCAAUAGAGAUAGGUUCUUGCAUUCUGAAAUACCUAGAAGAAAAAGCCAACGCCACCAACAACAAUAAUCUUGAAAUCAUACUUUAUUCAGACAAUUGCUGUGGUCAGCAAAAGAACAAGUUUAUAAUGGGAAUGUACCUAUACGCUGUACAAAAAUAUAAUAUUAAAUCUAUUACACAUAAACUUCUAAUUGCAGGUCACACGCAAAAUGAAGGAGAUAAUGUUCAUUCUGUCAUAGAAAAGCAGAUUAAGCGAGCACUUAAAUCAGGUCCCAUCUAUAUUCCCACUGAUUACGUCAGAUUAAUUCAGUCUGCAAGAAAAAAGGGAAAUCCGUAUAAAGUAACAGAAUUAGGUUACCAGGACUUUAUGGAUUUGAAGACACUGUCUCAGCAAAGAGGUUCAAACUAUAAUAAAUUAUCGGACAAUGAACUGAUCCGAACAAGUGACAUAAUAAUACUUAAAGUGCAGAAGAAUAACCCAGGCAUUAUUUUUGUAAAAACUACAUACGAGCAAAAAGAAUUUGCGCAGAUCAACGUCAAUCAUAACAGAAGAAGCAUGCAGAUCUCUACAUCGGAGUGCGUUGCAGCGUAUAAGAAAAAAAUGCAAAUUUCUGCUCUAAAGAAAGCUCAUAUUGAAUCACUUAUCUCAGCGAAAAGCAUUCCUACAUUGUAUAAGCCCAUCUAUGAAUCUAUGUUUUCUUAA